CUGCAUCUUGGACUCACCGGAGACUGCGUGGGCCUCGACAUCGACGACGAAGGACGGCUCUCGCAGCUCAAGCCUGCGUUCGGUGGAAGCAUCGUAGCUCCAAUCCUGUCGCGCACUCUUCCCAACAUGGCGACUGUGCGGCCCGGCAUCCUGACGGCGUGUGAGCCGGACGACUCGAUCGAGCCGGUGGUCAAUCGGAUCGAAGUCGGGACGGUCGAGGCGUCAGGGGUCAGAGUGCUCAGGAGCGUGUCAGACGAGUCGGCGGAAGGCGCAGAGCUGGAGCACGCUGCGAGGAUUGUGUCCGUCGGCAAGGGUAUAGGCGGGCCUGAGAACCUCGGGCCGAUACGCGAGCUUGCAUCGGCGUUUGGCGCGUCUAUUGGCACGACUCGGGACGUAUGCGACCUCGGAUGGCUGCCGCGCCAGUACCAGAUAGGGCUGUCUGGCAAGGCAGUCGCGCCGGAGCUGUACGUGGCAGUCGCGCUGCGCGGGCCAUUCAACCACACGGUCGGCAUCCAGCGGUCGGGGACAAUCGUCGCGAUCAACAACAGCGCACGGUCGCAGAUUCAGAUAGUAAGAUUGAUUUCCGAAGCGUCCCCGACUUCGGAAAAAUCCUAG